CCCCCCUCUCUCUCCCACAAUUUCCCCUUUUCCUCCCCAGUAGAAGACGCAGUGCGUGUGGCCUGCUUGCCUCCGUCCUGCUCGCCUGCUUGUCGGACGUCGCUGUGACUCAUUCGCGCCGGGGCGUGAGACCGUUCGUGCGUUCGUUAAAAGAUGGACGAGGCGCGGCAGUCGGGCGAGCGCGUGCUGGUGCACUGCCAGGCCGGCGUGUCCCGCUCGCCCACCAUGGUCAUCGCGUACCUCAUGAAGCACACGCGCCGCACCAUGGUCGACUCGUACAAGUUCGUGAAGGCGCGGCGGCCCAUCAUCUCGCCCAACCUCAACUUCAUGGGCCAGCUGGUGGAGUGGGAGACCGCGCUGCAGGCCAACAAGACGGAGGCCGAUUGCACGCCCUGCCACCAGUGCCAGUGGCAGCGGCAGGAGGCCAAGAAGGUUCCCAAUGCCUGCCAGGUAUGACAGUCCUACUGCCACGCCGCCGCCGCCACCGUCGCGCUGCAGGGGCACAGGGAGCCUCCGUCGCGGGGAGGCUUCUGUGCGGCGCUCACCGAGGACGAGAGUGCGUGCCCGCCCUUCGGCAGGAGAGGCUGCUCGUGCGGCAGCCCCUGGCGGAGGGAGGGGGCGGCGGGGACGGGCGGCGAGAAGCACCCUCUCUCCUUUGCAGAGAGAGACGAUAGCGAGCUCGCCGCCUCCCCCGCGCUGCCCGUCGGCGCGGCCCGGCGCGACAGCCCUGCCCCCCGCCCCCCGCCCAAGCCUACAGAGGCACGGGCGGCCGCCGCGGACGCUGCAGGACGCGGCGGAGAGGCUUGGGAUCAGCGAGGAGGAGGUGAUGCCGUCGGCGGCGGUUGCGGGGCCGCAGUGGUGGGCGAGGACCCGGCUCUCGGGCCAGACAAUGUCAAGUGAAAUCCUCGAAAAGACGAGAGUGCGCGCCCGCGGCGGACUCGGUCGCGAAGCGCCCGCGCUCUGAACUCAGUGGGUCUUAGUCUGUACGUCAUUUAUAUAAUCAAAAUCAGGGUCCCGUGUGACGAGUGUUAUCGCUUGUGCUAGGUGGAGAGGACGGCGCGGACGUGUCGGGUCGGGGCGGAGGGACCAGGG